AUGGAAGAAAUGGACAUUGAAACCGACGAAUUGAUAUCGUUUGACUCACCAACUGAAAUAGUUACCAAUAGUUCUGAGACUAAAGAAGAGAUCAUUCUGCCUUCAUUAUCAGAAGGUGGUCUAUUCACUCGUUCAUAUACUUAUAUUUCAGCGAAAGCGACUAAUUUAACAAAAGACGACCAGGAAAAUCAGCCUUGCAUUCUUGGCGUUGAUGAAGCAGGACGAGGGCCUGUGCUUGGUCCCAUGGUGUAUGGUGUAUGUUAUUGUCCCUUAUCUGAAAAAGAUAACAUCAAAGAAUUAGGAUUUGCAGAUUCUAAAACACUAAAUGAAGUGACCCGUGAAUCACUCAUCAAGGUUAUAAUGUCGCGAUCUGAUAUUUUUGGAUGGGCGGUUCGUGUUCUGACGCCUCAAGAAAUAUCCGCAAACAUGUUGAAAAGAAACAAAUACAAUUUGAAUGCGCAAGCGCACGACACCACCAUCAAUUUGAUACGUGAUAUAUAUGUUGACGCGGUUGGUCCUUCAAAAACCUAUCAAGCAAAACUUCAACGCUUGUUUCAAGGGAUCGAAAUCACUGUGGCAAAUAAAGCUGAUAGUACUUUUCCAAUCGUUAGUGCAGCUAGCAUUUGUGCAAAGGUUACUCGGGAUCACGUAAUAAAGAAAUGGGAGUUUGAAGAAAUGAGAUUGAAAGGUGAAGUUUCUCGUGAGUUUGGGUCUGGGUAUCCUUCAGAUCCUAAUACGGUGAACUGGCUACGUUCAAAUGUAGAUCCUGUUUUUGGGUUUCCACGAAUAUUACGAUUUAGUUGGCCUGAUGACGAAGAUUCUCAAGUUCCCAUGAAAAGAAUGUUCGGCCAAGAUGCUAAUGAAAAACGUUCUAGAUUGUUUGAGAGUAUGGGAUUACGGAGGGUUGCUGAUUUUUAA